GCAAUUUCCCAAACCAUAAGAUAAUAAUUUGUGACAGAGCUAAAGGACACCAACCUUAUCCAAAUGCCAAAAAUACCCUCAAAUAAAACCACAGCAAUGGUCCACAAAAUGGCACUAUCGUCUUUUUAUAACAUGGGUGCCCUCUUCAAGGCUGCCACAUCACUGGUCUAAGUGUACAUACAAUUUAUUUAUAAAAAAAAGAAAAAGAAAAAAAAAAAACAGCAUAUGAUGACUUGAAGGGCAUGGCUUUUAGUAGACAUGAACAGAGACUUAGCAGCUCUUUGUCUCUCAAUGCAACUCUCUUGCUUGUUUACACUCUUCCUCUUUGCUUGUGUUGUGUGACUGAGUGAGUGAGAGACUUCUUGUGUUUGUGCAGUCUCACUCUUUCUUGUUUUCUCUCUCUUUAUCAUCUCAGGCAUGCUUUCUCUCUCUUACAUUGUCUCACCCCAUCAUCUUCUUUUUCUCUCUCUAGACUUCACUUUUUGUGUCUAUCCUGCUUUACUGCUCUUGGCCUUGUUCUGAUUAAUUUCAUUUUUUCCCCUUUAGCUUUUUCGGACACUAGCGGAAUUUUAAGCAGGCUUUGGGGUCACAGUUUGCUGUUCCUUGACAUUGAGUUUUGGGAUGUUUUUGUUCUCUUCAAGACUUAGCGAGACUUUCAGUCCAAGAGAUUGAAGAACAUGAUGGCAUCUGCUGGUAGCUUGUUGGGUUUUUCUUUUGCUUCACUUAUCUGAGAUCUGGUGGGGUAAGGCCAUUUUCUACAAGCAUUCUUUUUUGGUUGGCUUGAAAUGCAAGUGAAAAUACAGCAAAGUACAGCAAGUUGUUUUCUUUUCUGUUUUUUUGGUUUUUUUAAAGGAGAAUAUGUAGCUUUUAGCUGUAUUACUUUACUCAUUUUGGGGUACUUUUAUAGUCAAUAAGAUUUCCUGUGUGCUUUUGGGUUAUGGUUUCGAUUUUCAUAGAGAUCAAGGUUCUGGUGUUUUGAGGUUUAUGUGAUCUCAAAGUUUGGAAUCAUUGAUGGGUUUUAUGCCUUUUCAAACAAUGGUUUUUGCCAAGAGUUUCAGAUCUAUCAAUGGGACUAGAGAUGGACUUUGAUCGAAAUCGCAGAGUGGGUCUGAGUCCUAACACUGUUCUCCCAAUUCAUCGGCGUCAUUCCUUUGUUGAAAAGAGGAGCACAAAAGGAAAAUCGAAAAGGAAAGAUUUAUUGAGCAUAAAGGAGGAUUUUGUUGAAAUCAGCUUUCAUCGCUACCGUAGCUCCUCUGGUAAAAGUGUUCCAUCUAGACCUGUUGAGCAGGAAGUUAACUCAGACCUUAAACGAGGUUCUAUAUAUCAAAGCUCCAAAGAGGUGAGGAAAAUUAAGAAAAUGGGCAGUGUUGAUGGAAGGAGAAAGAAUGAAAUACCUCGAAGUAGUGAUACUGCUUUCUCAUACCGAAUUGUUGAUUCGAUGUGUAGUUCAGAUGAGGAAAGCUCACAGAAUAGGUCUUCACUAAUAUCUUCGAAAUCAGACUUGAAUACACCAUCUGGUGGUCGGCCUCGUGUUGAACCGUGUUCAUCAGAUAGCUUGAUUGAUAUUUGUCUGGAUCCAGAUAACAGGGAAAAGCACUCUGCUGAAGCUUUAGGAGAAUAUUCAGUGGAUCUGAAACUAAGAAGUGACCCUGUUGCUGGACCUCUAAACUACGGUAAUGAACUUCUUGAAAGAGACCAAGUUCACACAUUGCACAAGUCAUUUUCUGCUAAGGUGGAAAUGCUUCAUUCUCCUUCACCAUUAGAGAGUGCUCGGUCAUCGAGGGUCAGCUCAAAGGUCAGGUUCAGCCCUAUCAGAAGGAUGUUCGAUCCUUUCAUGAAGUCCAAGUCUUUGCGAAGUCCAAGUUAUGCAGUGGAACCUGGCAGAGCUAAAACUACUGAGACAGAAAACAUGACAAGAAACUUGACAUAUCAGAAGUCUUUGUUGCCAGUCUUUUCAAAUACAGCACAGAAUCCAGACUGUGAUCCUCAGUUUAUCAAACGAGAUAACCACCAAUCUCUUGUUGCAUGUUCACCAGUUCACCUACAUGGCCAUCUCAAGUUACAAAAUAAACACGGAAUGCCAUUUUUUGAGUUCUCAUUGAAGUGCUCCGAAGAUGUCUUUGUGGCCAGGACGUGGAAAGCAGAUAAUGCUAUUAAUUGGGUGUAUACUUUUCACUCCAUUGGAAGUAGAAAGAAGAGCAAUGCCAGUGGUUGGGGAUUGUAUGGUAGUGACAGAGAAUCUUCAAUGGUGGGACAGAUGCAAGUUUCCUGUUAUCUAUGUUCGGAACUAAAAGAUGGAGUUUUCGACAAUUCCAUGGUGACAGAGUUCGUGUUGUAUGAUGUAUCUCAUGCAAGGCAAACUGCAAGGCAAACUUUUGCAGCACGAGAAAACUCUAAAUGUACCGUUGAUGAUGUUAAAACUCCAAAAGGUUCUAAUCCGGGCACAGUGGGGGAAACUUUGAAGUUGGAUGAGUCUGGUCCUACUAAAGUCAAACUUGAACAAAAACAUGCUUCUGACAAGAGUGAUUUUGAUUCUUCAGCCUUGGCGUCUGCCAAUUUGCAUCCAAACCUUGAAAUUGCAGCCAUUGUUAUGCAAGUCCCCUUUGAAAAGAGAGAAAGCUUGAAAUACAAGAGAGAGGAUAAGACAAGUGAUAAAGCCCAUGAAAACCUACUUAAUCUCUCUAUGGUCGAACAGAAGAAGGAUGCCCCUGAUAGCCGAGGUCCAGGAAAUGUGAAGGUGGUAAUUCCAGCCGGAAACCAUGGUAUGCCGAGUGAUGAAAGCAAAGGACCUUCGUCAUUACUAGAUCGAUGGAGGCUGGGUGGAGGCUGCGACUGUGGUGGCUGGGACAUGUCCUGUCCACUUAUUGUCUUAAGCAAUCCCCACACUCAAUGUUCUGAUAAUCAACUGUUGGUGGAGAAUCAACAGCCUUUGGAACUUUUGGUUCAGGGAUCAAAGGAGAAAACACCAGCAUUGACCAUGACAAUGGUCGAAGAGGGACAGUAUACAGUUGAUUUUCAUGCACAGUUAUCCACAUUACAAGCAUUUUCUAUUUGUGUUGCUAUUCUACAUGGUACAGAAACAUCUGCAAUGGCGGGGCAGGAGAGAAACAAACAGUUUUCACAGUGCAAUUCAUUGAAAGUGCUAAUUGAGGAAGAAGUAAAAUACUUAAUUGAAGCAGUCACAGCAGGGGAGAAGAAGGAAGUAGCUAAGAGGGUAAAGAAAAUCCAACCAUCUUUUGUGCUCAACCCACCCUUCUCUCCAAUUGCACGAGUAUAGAUUUCAAGCAGCAUUGAUGGUUUUAUCCAGAGAAUCCCAUAAUGGCCUUAGAGAAGACCCCAAACAUUUACCAGAAUGAAUGGAAGGGCAUCAGCAACAGAUGACUGAAAUCACAUUCCACUGGUACUGAGGGUCAUCGGUGGGCAGCCUGCUCAAUUAGGCAAAAAAGGCUGCCUCGAACGGUCACAGACUUUGUGAAACUGCCAAGCCUUUGCCAUUGCCUGAGGGUUAUUGCCACAGAGGGUCUAGCUCCUUGAUAAUGUAUCAUUCAAUUUGUUUUUCGACGUCCAUAAUCAUAGUGUCAACAGAAUACAACACUGUCCAUAUUGAAAUCUGUAGGGAAGGGGAAAAUAGUAACCAUAUGAGAAUUGGGAGAUAACGGUCCUCUCUUUUGCAUUUUUUUUUCCCUUUCAUUUGUAUUUUAGUAGAAGGGUAGCUGGGGGACUACAUUCUUAAAAUGGUUCCAUGAUGCUCUCUCUCCAUUACUGUAUAUGGAGCCAGAAGACAAGAACUUUCUUAGCAAAUAAUUUACCUCAAACAAUUUUGAAUAAAUUGUUCACUUUCUUCCA